AUGAAUCACGAAACAGAGCGCUCACCAAAACCUGUAACCAGAAUAAAACCUUACUCUCUUGGUCUUUCUUUUGUGGGCGAAGCCGUAGCGAAUGCAUUUGAAUAUUUCAAAGAGAACCCAAUAAAGACGAAUGAGCAACAACCAUUUCAAAAUUUCUCUUUUUCUUCUUUUGCACCAUUUAAUAAUACUAUUCCUAUUAAUAAUAAACAUCAGUAUAACAGUCAAUAUAUACAACCUGGAGAUGUAAUUGAAUUCUAUGGGCCAGCAUGUGGAGGUAAAUCAUCAAUUCUAUAUUCGUUAAUGCCCAAAACUAUUUUACCACGAAUUUGGGUUCGUGACGGCGGCACUUUAUAUGACGAAGAGAAGCAAUUCUACAUUGGUGGAGCUGAUAACGGAGUUAUAUUGAUUGACCUUGAUGGCAGAUUCGAUACGCAAAGAGUGUACGCGUUAAUUGUUGCUUAUUUACGAAAAAAGAUUAAAGAAUUUAUAUGUGAAGAUACAGAAGAGAGAAGGAGAAUAAAUAAUAACUAUAACGAUGCCUCAAGGACUAGCAUGGAAUCGUCAAUACCAAUUGACAUGAAUCAUUAUGAUUGGUUACCAACAGAAGAAGAAAUUUCUCAAGUUGCAUGUUUGGCAUUGCAACGAGUUCAUGUAUAUCAGCCGAAUUCUUCGUUGGAAUUUUUGGCGACAUUACAAUCCUUACCCGAGUAUAUGUUGGAAAGUGACGAUGAAUUCAAAUAUUUGAUGAUUGAUUCUAUAAUGGCUUUUUACUGGCAAGAUAAAUCGGAAGAAACAGGCGGGAACGGAGGAAGUUUUAAUUACUCUACAAGUAUUGUCCGAGCAUUGCGUCAAAUCAUUAAAGAGUCAAAUGUUGUGACAAUAGCCACAAAUUGGGCACUAACUCUACCAGAAAGUAAUAAUGGGAUCAAUGAAACAAUAUCAAAUAACUCGAUAAUCACGACGACAUCCUUACCAUUUCCACCCGAAUUAUUUUAUCGAGACAUUUCACCCCGAGUCUGGCAAGAAUUCGUAAAAUAUCGAUUUGUUGUGGCCAAACAACCGUUACCACAAUAUUCUGUGUCAACGCAUCCCACAAAAGUGGUUUGCGAUGAAGCAAGAAUGGAAAUAUUGCGAAACACUUGGUUUAGUGGGAGAAUAGUCACCCCAAUUUGUGGAAACCUUAAUUUAAAUAUUUUUACAUUUAAAAUUACAGAGGAGGAUGGAAUUCUAUCAGAGUAA